AUGUCUUCCAAAGUGAUCGUUGUUCUGAACCGGUUGCCCGUGACGAUACGGAAAAAUGCCGACGGCCUGUAUUCGUACUCGAUGUCGCUGGGCGGCCUCGUCACCGGGUUGCUGGGCCUCAAAAAGACCACCGAGUUCCAGUGGUUCGGCUGGCCAGGAAAGGAGCUCCCUGACGACGAGCAGGCUAAGGUGAACAAGGAAUUGAAGGAACAGUUCAAUUGCACCGCCAUCUUCAUGGAUGAUCGCACCGCCGACUUGCACUACAACGGGUUCUCCAACCUGAUCCUCUGGCCCCUCUUCCACUACCACCCGGGUGAAAUGACGUUUGACGAGGUUGCCUGGGCUGCAUUCACAAAGGCCAACGAGAUCUUUGCCGACGAGAUCGUCAAACAGGUCCAGGACGGCGACAUGAUCUGGGUCCAUGACUACCACCUCAUGCUCCUCCCAGAAAUGUUACGGGAGCGGCUCAAAACCAAAAACAACAAAAUCGGCUUCUUCUUGCACACCCCGUUCCCGUCACUGGAAAUAUAUCGGAUCCUCCCGGUGCGGCGAGAGAUACUUGAAGGGGUGUUGCAUUGCGACUUGAUCGGGUUCCACACCUACGACUACGCCCGCCACUUCUUGCUGUCGGUGCUGAGAAUUGUCCCGGGAGCGACCACGUUACCCAAUGGCGUUAAGUAUAAAGGACGCCACGUCACCGUGGGGGCGUUCCCCAUUGGGAUCGACCCCGAUAAGUUCAUCGAAGGGUUGCAAAAACCGCAAGUGAAGGACAGAAUUGCGCAGUUGAAACAGAAGUUUGGCGAUACCAAAAUUAUCGUCGGCGUGGACCGUUUAGACUACAUCAAAGGUGUACCGCAAAAGCUUCAUGCCUUUGAAAUAUUCUUAUCAGAAAACCCUGAGUGGAUCGGCAAAGUGGUGCUUGUCCAAGUGGCAGUGCCGUCGCGGGGUGAUGUCGAAGAGUACCAAAACCUCCGAGCCAUGGUCAACGAGCUUGUUGGUCGCAUCAACGGUCGCUUUGGCACGGUGGAAUUUGUUCCCAUUCACUACCUCCACAAGUCAGUACCCUUUGACGAGCUCAUUUCUUUGUACGCUGUUUCGGACGUGUGUCUUGUCAGUUCCACUCGUGACGGUAUGAACUUGGUGUCGUACGAAUACAUCGCCUGUCAACAAGAGAAGCAAGGGGCCCUCAUCCUUUCAGAAUUCGCGGGUGCUGCUCAAUCUUUGAAUGGGGCUAUCAUCGUUAACCCGUGGAACACAGAGGAACUUUCCGAUGCCAUCAAAGAGCUGUUGACGCUUCCCGAAGAAAAGAAAAAGAUCAACUUUGAGAAGUUGUUUAACUACAUCAACAAGUAUACCUCGGGAUACUGGGGGGAAUCGUUUGUCAAGGAAUUGGCCAAUUGUUAG